AUGGGUAAGAGCAGCAAAGACAAAAGAGAUCUAUAUUACAGAAAGGCAAAGGAACAGGGUUAUAGGGCCAGGUCUGCUUUCAAACUACUUCAACUUAACGAACAAUUCCAUUUUUUGGAUGAUCCAAAUUUAAAAAGAGUUGUGGACCUAUGUGCCGCACCAGGUUCAUGGUCACAAGUUCUCUCAAGGAAAUUGUUUGAUGAGGGUGCUGGCGGAGAUAGCGAGGGUAGAAAAAUAGUUGCCGUUGACUUGCAGCCAAUGUCUCCUAUAUCCCAUGUGACAACUUUACAAGCUGAUAUCACUCAUCCUAAAACGUUGGCUAGAAUUCUGAAAUUAUUUGGCAACGAGAAAGCUGAUUUUGUCUGCAGUGAUGGUGCUCCUGACGUCACUGGGCUGCACGAUCUUGAUGAAUACGUCCAACAACAAUUAAUCAUGAGUGCACUGCAACUUACUGCAUGCAUUCUGAAAAAAGGUGGAAUUUUCGUGGCAAAGAUCUUCAGAGGCCGUGAUAUAGAUAUGCUAUACUCUCAAUUAGGCCAUUUAUUUGAUAAGAUUGUUUGCGCGAAGCCAAGAUCAUCAAGAGGUACUUCUUUGGAAGCAUUUAUCGUUUGUUUGGGUUAUAAUCCACCAUCCAACUGGACACCAAAACUCGAUGUCAAUACUUCUGUUGAUGAAUUUUUCCAGGGCUGUUCCUUGAAUAGGCUGUGCAUUUCAGACAAACUGUCUCAUUGGGAUGAAGAAGAAAGAAAUAUUGCAGAGUUUAUGGCUUGCGGCAGUCUCGAGAGUUUUGACUCAGAUGCCACCUAUCACGAUCUACCCUCCUCGAUUGCAAGCAAUCCAUCGUCCUUGGACCCUGUUCAAAGCCCCACAAAUCCUCCCUAUAAGAAGGCUAUGGAAUUAAAAAGAAGCGGAAAACUUACAAGAUCUGUUUAA